UUCGUGCGCUCCAGAAGUGAGGAAACGAAACCUAAAGGCGACGCUGCGUUGGAGUUCACUGCGCUGUACCGAGGAUCUUCAUUAAGCUGUAAAUUCUGCUUGAGCAUCUCUCACGUCCUUCAUCAUGGCAGAAGUGACAGACAAUGUGGCUUUGCUGAGCCUCGAGGAUGAUCUGACCUGCAGCAUCUGCUUGUGUCCUUUUGACGAGCCGGUGAGUCUGAACUGUGGUCACAGCUUCUGCCGCGGGUGUCUCGAGGAGACAUGGAACAGUGCAAGCUCCUACUACUGCCCGCACUGCCGUGCACACUACCUCACCAAGCCAGAUCUGAAGAAGAACACGGUGCUCAGCGCAGUGGUCGACACUUUCAGGGCCAAAGCUGGUACUGGAGCAGGGUUAGACGGAGGUCCAGAUGCUGGCUUCGGUGCUGCCGGUGUGCCACGCUCGCCACGUUACGAGCCCAAGCCCAUCAUGUGCGACAUGUGCAGCGAAGCCAAGGCAGUGAAAACGUGUCUGACUUGUAUCACAUCGUUCUGCACAGAGCACGUGCGCCCUCACCUGGAGAACCCGCUGUUCCGUGCGCACGAGCUGUGUGAGCCGCUUGCCGACCUCACGGAACGGCUGUGUCCUGAGCAUGGGAAGCUGAUGGAGUUCUACUGCGCACGCCAUGAGAGGAGCAUCUGCAGCAGCUGUUUGCAGCAGAGUCACAAGGAGUGUGGAUUCUCCACUCCCAAUGAACAGCGCAUGAAGAUAGAGUCUGAACUGCGGGACAAGCUGAACAUUCUGGAUGGGAAAACUGAAAAGAACCAGCUGGUCAUAACGCAGAUGAGGGAGCAGCAAGCUAAGCUCAAGGAAAUGGCGGUGGUGCGUAAGCGCGCUCUAGAGGCGGAGUAUCAACAGAUUCGGGAGAUGUUGCAGAGGGAUGAGCGAGAGGCCUUGGACAGUCUAGAUAAAGACCUGGAGAGCGGCAUCACCAAGCUCAACGCCCUCAUGAAGAAAUUCAACCAGAAUAUCGACAAGAUGAGCUCCACCAGAGCUGAGAUCAACAACCUGCUGGCCAAAUCCCACUCUCUGGACUUCUUACAGGCAUCUGUGGAAAUGCCCUCUGUGGUGAGCUUUGACCCUUACUCCCCACGAAUCAACCUGGACUCCAAGCGUGUCAUUGCAUACCACUCCAGCAUCGUUGGCCUGAAGGAGCAGAUUAAUAAAAUUCUGCGUGAGCCCGUGGACAACAGGAUUUCCCUCCUCAAACCAGAUUUGGUAAAGCCGGUUCCUGGUGAAGGUGAAACGAGUGAAACACAGAAAAGUGAAAGAAAGAAAUGUGAAACACAGAAAAACAAAAUCGGUGCUACUGGAGCUUCGGUUAAUCUGCCAAACCCGAGGGAAACUGGUUCUACCCCGAGUGAAGACCCCCAAACCCCGAACUCCGGAUUUCAGCCCAAGGGUGGUCCUGGAGGAGCGAGAAGGAAACCUCAGCCGAGAGACAAAAAGGAGAACCGAGAUCACAAAGAUCACAAAGAUCACAAAGAGCGCAAAGAUCACAAAACAGAAAGGAGAAAAGGUCCUGGCAAAGGAAUGAAUCCGGCAUUGUCCAAGAGCAUGGAAUUUCUGGAUAAUCUGAAUACAAGACCUUUUGUUGCAGCUCCAGUCGAUAUGAGUUCAGCAACCAUCGGCGCUGCUACGAGAAGCGAACUGUUGAAGUUUGCCGCCACGCUCACCUUUGACUUCCGGACAGCACAUAAACGAGUGGCGCUCUCUGAGAACAACACCAAGGCGUCCGUAUCGGACGAGCCGUCUCCCUAUCCAGACAUCCCUCCUCGCUUCACCGUGUGCUCACAGGUGCUCUGCGGUCAGGGCUUUUCUCGUGGCCGCCAUUACUGGGAGGUCAAAAUGAGCAGCAAUAACUUCUGCGGCUUAGGUCUGGCAUAUGCCUCCAUCGAUCGCAAAGGUCCUUCCAGCCGCCUGGGCCGUAACGCCCAGUCCUGGUGCAUCGAGUGGUUUAACAUCAAGCUUUCAGCAUGGCACAACAGCAGCGAGAAGGUGCUGGCCAACCCGAACCCGAGCCGCGUAGGCGUCCUGCUGGACUGCGAUAACAGUACUGCUAUCUUCUACAACGUACAGGACCGUGCGUACCCCAUCCACACCUUCGUCUUUCCUUUCUCCGAGGCCGUGUAUCCAGCAUUCUGGAUCUUUUCCAGCGGCUCUUCUAUUACGCUUUGCAAACUAAAUAAUUAACGGCGCUUUAUAACCGUAUAGCGGUGGUGGGCGACGUAAGGGUGUAAAUGGCGUUAAAAAAAUAGAGCCUGCAUUAAUCAGCAAUUUGUGUGCUUGCUCUAAAACAAAUCCCUAUACAGUAUAUUCCUGAGAUAUGAAAAAAAUUAAAAAGCUUUAAAAAAAUAUUUAGUGAUUACUAUAAACAAACUGUUUGAAAUCAAUGGUUGUGGUGAUUGUAGGACGUUAUUUUAUGUUUUGUUGAUUCUUAUCAAAGGGAAUAUUGAAUUUUAUUCCCAAGGAGCUGUGAAUAGAAGAGCAAGAGAGUAGUUACCCUCACGUUCUCACAAGUAAGCAACAUUUAGAAGCGACAUUCCAAUCGAGAUUUUCUCAAUUCUACACAAAUUAGGUAUAACACGUUAAACAAGCGACAAACGUAAACUACCAGCUCAAAUGAUUCCUCAGACCGACCCUACGGUGAGCAUGGUCCGGCGUUUCUUCAGUUCCACACUCACAAAUUUAGUUCCUACCUACAGUUAGUUCCUAUUUACUGUUUGAACUACAAAACUUAUAACUGCCGUUUCAUUUUAUCCAGAUAUACAGUAUGACCUCUCAUUAAUGUGUAUAGAGACGUUACGAAGAAAAAUACAGUUUGGAAGGAAGUAACAGAGAUCGUUGUUGCCUCUGGUGAGUGUACUUGGCUAGUACAGGUAGCAUAUUUUGCUAAUCUAAUCUGAUAUCAAAGCUGGUAUGCAGCAGAGUAUGUAACGUAACUCUACCAGUUUUGGAUUUUCACACUGAUUAGUGCGUUAUAUAAACUGUAUAGAUAUCAAAAAUGCCGAAAAGCCAUGCCCACAAGCAAACUACAAGGGAUACAAGUGACUUUUCACUUUCUAGUGUGAAUGUAAAGUCUGCUUGCACUCGGAAUAUCGUUUCUGCAGAAAAGCCAAAUCAAUGUUGAGGAAGUCAGGCAAAUUAGUAAUCCAAAGCUUUCUGAAUGCUAGAAGUUUGGAUGCUUACUUCUCUUAUAUGGAUAAGAUAUAAUGCUACUGGUUUAAAGCAGUAUUCAUUCAUAUAUCUACAUAUGUAUAUUUCAUCAGUUGCUGGCCUGCAGUUCAUUGCUGAUGAUCAGCUCUUGUUUGUUCAUUGAGGGUUGACUCAUACGCUUCACCCUCCACAAACAGGUUUUAUUGCCAGUAGACAAACCAGGGCGAAGUCUACAGCUUGCGUGCUUGAGAGCAGAAAAAUAAAUAACCAGCUCUGGUGACGGUGAUCGUGAAACAUCUCUGGAAGUGUGGAAUAUGGGAAUCUUACUUCACACGUCCGUGUUUCACAGUUUUACAUCUCUGGUGUGAAAGUUGAGGUGAAAGUGAAAGGCACCUUUUCGGCAUUUUAUUGCCUUGAACGUAAGGGUGCCAUUAUUUUACACACACACCCAGGAGAGACGUUGCAUCCCUUAAAUCAAGAGUGAUGUCACAUUUAAAAAUGGAGCACAAACAGGCAUGUGUCGAUGUUCAAUUUUUGUGUAACAGUAAUAAAAACAACAACAGCGACAGCUAUCAUGGAUUAGAAUGUCCUCAAUAUCAUUAGAUUUCCUAAAUCAUCUGGUAAACUGUAUGGAUUGGGUUCUCCAAGACAUUUACAGAAAUUUUGUAUCCUGACCUCUUAAUAGGUUGGAUUUCCCUUUAGGUAAGGUUCCUAAGUACACGCUUAGAAGAUUUAGCAGCCUUAAAGGUUCUUUGGUUGACCCUCUGGGGUUGAUGAUUCCAUGUAAAACCCUAUAACAGAGGGUUUCCCUUUUAGAGCAGCUUCCAAGUAGAGGAGGAAUGGUUUAGUUAGUGCCAUGUAAUUUACAGCUUUAAAACAAAUAAGGAAAUUUCUAUUGUGAAAAUGUAGAACCCUUAAGGGUCCUUUGACUGUCUCAGUUUCAUGUAGAACCAAACAACAGGGGUUUCCUUUUAAUAAAUGGUUUAAUUAAUGGUUUCCACCUACACUACACUCUUUACAACCCUGUGGGGAAACCCUUGAUGGUUCCAUGUAUGUAGAGAGUUUCUCUUACAUGUAUCGUAGAAAUGUUUUCAAGUAUUGUGAUACAGUAUUUUUAUCGUAUCAUCUCCUAGUGUGGAGUAGAAACCAAAAUUGUGUGUGUGUGUGUGUGUGUGUGUAUAUAUAUAUAUAUAUAUAUAUAUAUAUAGUAUAAAUGAUCAUCGGCACAUGCCUUAUUAUAAGUGAUCCAUUGUGGACAGUCAGAUCUUUAAGGGUGUUUCGUCAUGUUGAGGCAUUUAAAUUUUAAAGUUCUAUCUGACUAGCUUGCUUGUGAUUGUGAGAUGUUAAGAUCCCAAGCUAUUACUGUCUGUAUUCCGAAAUGUCAGGUACAGCUUUAGAAAACACCCGGAUAUCCAAGGAGGACAGUGCAAACCGGGUGGUUCUGGUUCCUAGGUGAUGUGACUGUAUGAAUUUUGCAUUCACACAACCCAGAUUUCACCGAGAGCUCCCAUCAGACACGGCUGAUAAUUCCGUUUAGGACAGCCACUGAUGUGCAAACUGUGAGUACGAGUGGGCCUUUUAUUACUGAUCCAGGAUCAGCUCCAAACAUAAUCCGUGAUAAGAGAAACUGGAGAACUGAUCUCAGAUCAGGAUAUUGUCUACUGAUGCUGUUCAGAAGCAGAACUCAGGCAGACCUGAUUAAUGAACAUGGGUAUGUUGGUUCUUGUAUUGUACUUGUUAAUAUUUUAGACAUGUCGAAGGGUGAAUUGAGUUUCCAAGCUUUUAGAGUUUUUCCUUUACUCCACGCUGAUUGUAUUUGGUCUCAAUUUAACCGUAUAUAAUUAUUAUUCUGUAUAUUGUGUCCGUAUUGUGUUAAAAUGUGCAGUGUGUUAAUUAUACCAUUCUACAUAACACGAGGGUGUGAAAAAGAUAUUUAUUCAGCUGAAAUAUUCCACGUUCGGUUCCACCUUCCCUCCCGAAAUUCUCCUUAUUCACAUUUAAACAAGCAUCCAACAGAUUUAAUGUCAUAACGAAGAAAUAAUGUCCCGGCCCAUGUUCAGAUUUUUUUUUGUUCACCAGCUGUAUUAAUGCAAAAAUGUAUUAAUGUUCUUGUUUGUUUGUUUGUUUUUUCCUGGCUCAAGUUAUCCGGUUAACCAGGACACACUACUAUGUUAAAUCUGAAAAAUCUUUUCAUUAUGUAACUGUAGAAAAUCAUUAUAUUAUGAUUUUGUAAUUAAUGUCAAACAGAACUGCAUCCACUUUGUCUACUUUGUGAACAGUAUAAAUAAUACAACAUUUGCAUUCAUUUGCCAGAUUUGUGGGAGUUACAGCUUCUAAAUAAACAGUUAUCCACAUGCACAA